AUGGCAAGGCGUGCCAUGGCCACCAGCCUGCUCCAAGUGCCCCCGCCCCAGGGGCUGCUCCGGCCGCUGGCCGUGCCAGAGAGACUGCUGCUCGGGCCGGGGCCCAGCAAUGUGCCCCCCCGCAUCCUGGCUGCAGGCGGCCGGCAGCUCCUGGGCCACAUGCACCCCGAGGUGCUGCAGGUGAUGGACGAGAUCAAGGCAGGAAUCCAGUACGCCUUCCAGACACAGAACCGCCUGACACUGGCCAUCAGCGGCACCGGCCACUGCGCCAUGGAGGCUGCCCUCCUCAACCUCCUGGAGCCCGGUGACACUGCACUGGUGGCCGUCAACGGCAUCUGGGGACAACGCGCCGUCGACAUCGCCAGGAGGUUGGGAGCCAAUGUUCACGAGCUGCUGAAGCCCCCAGGAGAGUACUUCACCCUGUGGGACAUCGAGGGGGGUCUGGCACAGCACAAGCCCUCAGUGCUCUUCAUCACCCAUGGCGAGUCCUCCACAGGGGUGCUGCAGCCACUGGAGGGCCUGGGCGAGCUAUGCCACCGGCAUGGCUGCCUGCUGCUCGUGGACGCAGUGGCAUCGCUUGGCGGAGCCCCCAUUUUCAUGGACCAGCAGGAGAUCGACGUUCUAUACUCGGGGUCUCAGAAAGUUCUCAACGCCCCCCCUGGCAGCGCCCCCAUCUCGUUCAGCAAGCGAGCCAGAGAGAAGAUGCUGAGGAGGAAGACGAAGCCCCCAUCCUUCUACUUGGACAUGGGCUGGCUGGCAAACUACUGGGGCUGUGAUGGGGAGCCACGAAGGUACCACCACACGGCACCAAUCAACAGCUUCUUCAGCCUGCGGGAAGGCUUGGCCGUGCUGGUGGAGCUGGGUCUGGAGAGCUCUUGGGAGCGUCACCGGGCCACCUGUGCCCAGCUGUGCCAGGGGCUCCGCAACCUGGGGCUUGAGCUCUUCGUGAAGGAGGAGAAGGUGAGGCUUCCCACCAUUACCACUGUCAAGGUGCCUGAGGGCUACAACUGGAAGGAGAUCACAGCCUUUCUCAUGGACAACCACGCCAUCGAGAUCGCCGGGGGCCUGGGCCCCUCAGUGGACAAGGUCCUGCGAAUCGGCCUUAUGGGCUGCAACUCGACCAGCGGCAACGUGGACCGUGUGCUGCAUGCCCUGCGAGAUGCCCUCAGCCACUGCCGCCGCAGCAGGCUGUGAGCACCCCAGCAAAAUCAGGGUCCGGACGAGGCGGCGCGGCACUUCCCCCCCCAUGCCAGGCUGCAGGCAGCUGGCAGGCAGAGGGGCUCCACUGCCUCCUUGAGAUGCUGGCAGGAAAGGCUGCAACACCCAGCAACCCAAGCCAGAGUGGGAAAGAGAAGUUGGAAGAGCAAAGGGACGUGGAGGUGAGGGCUGCAGCUCAGCAGACAUGGGAUGUGGCUCAAAACCUCUUAGUCCCCACACAGGGUCACCCGUCACUUUGAUGGCCUGGCCUCCCAGUUACUCCCUUUCCCCAGGGUAUUGCAGCCCCACUGCAAACUUACACGAGGGCUGGAUGCAGGGUCUGACCACAGAUCUCUUUCCCUCCCACCACCAUCACCCUCGUCAUCCCUACACCAGAGCCCACCAGCACAGGACGCUAUCCAUCCCCCCCCAGAUUAGGUACCCUGACCCAGUGUCCAGCUCUACCAGGGAACUCCAGAGGCCAUGCAUUCCCACCCAGCUGCAGCAGACCUGUGCUCGCUCCUCGGUACCAUCUUUCCUCAAUAAAGUGACAUGGCAGCAUGCU